AUGUGUGCGGCACAGCCUGCCAGUCCCCGCGACGCCCCGCACGAGCCCCCUGGGGCGGCUGGCGAGGCGGGGCUACACCAGCAGCAGCAGCAGCAGCAGCAGUCUUCCGGCCGGGGCUACCAGGGGCUAGGACGGCGGCUGCGGCGGGUGUUGCUGCGGUGGGGCGAAGCAGAGCAACAGCAGCAGCAGCAGCAGCAAGUGGGGCAUCAGGCUGAAGGUGAUCAGCGUCUCCUGAUAAGCGGCUCGCGGCGCAAGCCAGCCCGCGUCUGCUGCGGCCCGGCUGGCCCAGCCACGAGAGAAGCGCGGCGCGAGGGCACGCGAGUUACACGCAGCGAGAGUGCCCGCGAGGCAGGCGGCAGCGGCGGUAAGAGGCGCGACAGUGCGGGCAGUGUGGUGAGCGAAGGCGGGGGCGUGCGGGGCGUGGUGGCCUCCACUCUGACGCGUUGGCGCCGCCUGCAGGGCAGCGUUGGCUCCCUCACCACCUCGCUCAGGCUGCGCGCCUCGCAGCGGCUCGUGCCCCACGCUGACCACCCAACCACCACCCUCCCACCCCCUGACGUCGCGCCAUGCGCCGCUGACACUGCCGAGGACGCGGCGGGCCCCAACGACAGCGCGUCCCCGCUGUGCACCUCACCCGUGGGGGGAGUGUCGCCCCCCAGCACGUCGUCAGGCACCACGUCUUCAGAGGAGGGCGGUGACUCCAGCACCGGCACCGUGAUCUUCAGGCCCCCAGCGGGGCAGGGCGGGGCAGGCACCACCUCGCCCCCCCUGGCCCCGUCCCCUACACCUCCCGCCUCUCCGGAGGGGGCGCGGCAGCCUCCGCAGACCGUGGGCUCCGAACUAGUGACGGGCGGCGGAGCGCGGGAGGCGGCCCGGCGGCGGGCCAGCGACGCCCAGGCGUGCGAGGGUGAGCCGCGGCCCAAGAGACCCUCCCUAGAGACAGGAGAUGGAGCCCCUUCACCCCCCUCCUCCCCUUCCCCAUCCCUCCCUGAGUGCCCCCCGCCAUCCAUAACCUCCCACACCCCGGAGCUCCCGCCCCUCACCUCACCCACACACUCCCCCCUGCCCCUCAGCAGGCGCCGUUUCUGUGAGUCCAUGUUGGGGAGCGAAGAGCCCCCCGCCAUCGCCGCCCCACCACCGCCCCCCGACCUGCUGACGGACAGCGUGAGUCUGUCGAGUGACGGGGACAGCGGCAUCGUGCACGAGGACGCCUCCUCCAGGCGGGGCGAGGCGCGGCGCGGCAGUGCGGGGGAGGAGGCGCGCGGGAAGGACAGAAGUGAAAGUGACCGAGAGAGUGGCAGCGAUGGUGGCAAGAGAGAGAUGGUGACCAGUGAGAGUGAGAGUGAGAAGGGUGUGGGUGGCGGGGCGGGGAGGGACACUCACCACCAACCAGACACACGUGACACUGAGGGGGUCACCACUCACGCUGACCACCGCCGCCAUGUCACCCUCACCAGGACCACCUCGCUCCACCCCGCCCCCACCCCCUCUCCCCCACCACCCGCGGAGGGGACGGAGGGAGACCCGGGAGGAGGAGGGGAGGGUGGGGGGGUGGAGGAGAAGGAGGAGUCAGAGGCAGUGAGUCAAGGUCAGUGUACAGGAAAUGAGGCGAGUGGCGGCGGGUUUAAUCUUGGCUAUGACACCACUGCCACCACAACUACUACUGAUGCUGCCACUACCACCCCCACCACGCCUGCCACCCCCGUCCCUGCUGCUCCUGCUGGUGUAGAGGUGGAGGUCUUGGUGCCUGAGGGGAGCGAGAAUCUAGAGGCUGUGAUGGCUCCUGGCACCCCACCCACACCCACACCCCUCCACCCCUCACUGCCUGUCAUCACUGACCAGCCCCACACACAGCCCCUCCAGCCCCCCAGUGAGUGUGUGGAGGAGGAGGGGUGGAAGGAGAGUGAGGGAAGUGGAGACAAGAGUGAGGUGGCUGUGGCAGGUGGAAGCAGUGAUGUGGAUGCCCCUGAUGGGUUUGUGACCUUGGCAAGUGAAGUGCUUGGUGAGGGUGAAGUGUAUGAUGAGGAUGCGCUGGCUGGGGUGGAGGGAGCGGUGGCAGUGGAGGCUGUGGGAGUGGAUGAGGUGAACAGUGACCAGGAUAGUGAGAAAGACAGCCUAAUAGUGAGUCGUAAUGAUAGUGACCAGGAGCUUGAGGAUUUACCCGCCCUGGAGGAUGAUGUGGCUGUGGUGUUUGACAGUGACCAUAGACCGUGGCUGCCUGACACAGAGAGCCAGCCACAGCCAACAGAAAACGGAGGGUGGGGUAGCUUUGAUCGAAGAGUGUGCGCUGAUACCCAAGAGGACGAGGAGAUUGUGGAGGUGACCUGGUCGAACGCGGGGCCUCGAAUCCUCAUCACAGUGGCCGGGGGGGACUCAGACGGGGCAACGGGGACCCCAAACCACCUUCAGGAGAGCGGUAGUGCCACGUCAGGCUGUGGCGGGUGUUCACUGGAGGGCGCCACAUUCCCCUCAUCACAUGUCGACUCAGGACUCACCUUCGCGCCUCCUACCUCUGCGUCCGGCCAUCUGACUCACCCCAGGGCACCCACACCCAAAUCCCCAACCACAGUGGAUGAGUGGGUGGCCGCCCUGCCCCCACACCCAACCAACUUGCUCAGGAGUCACAGCGUGGAGGAGGAUGGGGAGGUGUGGGGUGCUGGGGAGGCGGAGGACCCUGGGGAGGAUAGCCUCAAUCUGGGAGCUGAAGCUGGCCUCAUGUGUGGCUCCGUGGUGGUGACAACAACAAGCUCAGCACCAGCCUCCACCACCCACACUGUCCACACCACCCCCACCACCACCGCCGCCACCACGCCAGAGCCCCGCCGCUGCAGCCAACCAGAGGCAACAUUGUCCGCCACUACCACUGCUGCCCUUAAAACUUCUAAUGGCCGCCAGAGAAGUCACAGUCUCCAGGCCGGCAGGGGAUCGACCAGACCACUUACCCUGAGUGAUGUGGCCAGCAUUCAGCAGCAGAGGGUGGCCGGGGUGGACGGCAGGAGGCUACAGUUUGCAUCGCUGAGGGAGAAACAGUCGUCCUUCCAGAGUGAACUGUCGGGGCUUUCCUUACAUAGCAGAUCAAGCAUUGACUCCCUGUUAGACUCAAGACAAGCGGAUCCAGUGGAAGUCCUGUUAAAUCUUGGGUUUGGUGGCCACGCGCAGGACGGCCUCGCGCGCAUCCCUGAGCGAUUCCUGCGGCCCUCUAAGGUUCCCGGAAAUAGUAUUGAAGACUUCUUGAAAUCUGAAGAGGAGAUGAAUGAGAUGAUGGAGACAGCUGAGAUGAUGCCCGGAAUUGACCCCCAAGCCUUGCGUCGCUCCUCCGUGGCCACCAUCUCCCCCCUCAUGACCCAGCUGUUGGAAAACAUACGGGAGACUUGGGCGGCCAGGCAGGUCCAGCGCACCCCAAGCCAGGACUCGUUGCCGCAGCCUCCCAGCACACUCACUGGCAUAAAGCGGUUUGCACAGGUGGCCAAGAAAACUGGUGUGCAGAGUGUGGUGGCCAAUACUCUCCUGGGUGGCAUGCAGCAACCAAACCGUCUGUCCUCAGUGCUCAACCCCGAGAACCGCCGCCUGCUGGACCUCCAAGGGCAGCGCUCCCCAGAGGUGCCACGGAAACGCCUCAUCAUCGGCCAGGAUUCGUUCGACUUAGAUCGCGAUGGCCAGCUCAUGAACGAGGAGGAGGAGGAGGGGGGGACUGGCGCCGGGCCCUCACCACAGCCUGCCAUGGAGCUGAAGGAGGAGGAUAGUGGGGAGGGGGCGUCUGAGGUUGGGGAUGUGGUGUCGGAGUCCGGGAUGUCCCGGCGGGGUCUCCUGCAGCACAAGGACUCGGUGUGGUCCAUGGCCAGCUCAGCGACCAGCGUGGACAGCAGUGAGGAGGACCUGAGGGACCAGCGCCGCCGUCUCCAGCUCAGCCUGUCCCGCCAGCACGAGGGACCGCCCACCCCAGCAGAGUCCCUGGAUUCACCCUUCCUGGCCGGCAGCACCCCAGACUCAGCGGAGCGGCGGCGCGGGCUGAUGAAGCGUCUGGGGCCGAGCAACAAGCGCAUGAGCAGCAGCAGCAGCCGGGACGUGGAGGAGCUGAUCCCGGAGGAGGGGGAGGAGGGGGGCAUAGAGGGAAUCCUGCAGGAGGUAAUACAAAAGAGUGCAUCCCAAACCUCCUCCUCACUCCACAACUCUGUCCCUUCCGCUGCUCCUGCUCAUCCACCUCCUCCUGCUACCUCUGCUUCCACACCCUCAUUCUACCUUGGCGACGCUGCUGCCACCUCAUCCACACCCAUGCCACCCCACGCCUUCCCGCACCACGCAUACCACCACCACCACCACCAUCACCACCACCACCAUGCACUCCUUGACACCGCCCCACACCUCCCUCACAUGCACUCCGCCCUUAUCAAGAGUCUGGAGAGCCUAGGCCACCCCGCCAACCUCCACCCGAACAACCCAAGCCCCAGUAGCCCCCACCAUGCUCCACACCCCCCCUCCCCACUUCUGACAAGCAUUGGGGGGCACUUAGAUGGCCUGCACCUCCCCCUCUUUUCCCCCACCAUGCAGGACGCAGCACAGAGGGGUGGGGGGUUGAGGAGGCAGCAGAGGGUGGACGAGGGGGGUGUGGGUGGUUCCUGCUGCCCCCCACCCACACCAGGAGAGCAGGAGGACCAUCAGGGCAGUGGCAGUGGCGGCAGCAGCAGCAGACCGGCGCCAGGGAUGGGUGUGGGUCUGUGUCGGUCCAGCAGUGCCCAGUCAGACUCCUCAGGGUUCAUGGAUGGCGACACAGGGGAGGGUGAUGUCAGGAUGGGGUCAGCAGUGCCAUCCUUCACCACCACCACCACCACCACCAGGCAGCCACACACCCCCACAGCGACGCCAACACAGCGGCAGGUGUACUGGUGGUGGAGCAAGGACAGCAGCAGCAGCGUCGACACCACACGCCACAUGCCCCUCACCCGCACCGUGGGCACCCUCACCCCACCCCCAGAGCCUCCACCGGUGUCCCAGGGCCCCGUCACCACAGAGAACGCCACGCUCCACCACUCCCGCAGCCUGGACCUCACCUCUCCCACUCGCCCCACUCACCCCUCUUCACACACCCCUUCCCCUCUCCAAUCUAGUCGUAGCUUAGACGCAGCGCCCUCAGCUUUCCAUGCCUACCGGGGACACCUGCCUGCCGGGGGGGUAGGUGUACCUCUGCCUGUGUCCCCCCCUGUUUACUGCCACCUGUGCUUUCCCUCCCAUACCUCACACCUAUCAUGCCCCCCCUGGUCCCUGCCCCCGGCCACCACACACCUACCCACCGUCCCCACACACACAGAGAGGGCUAGACACCGCCGCCACUCCCUUCCUGAACCACUAUCCCAGGACACCCCACCAGGAGGCCCCAGGGGAUGGUCCGGAGGGGGUGACGGCCAGCCCACACCCUUCCACACUUCUGCCAAUGAUAGUUACCUCAACCUUCCCCACACCAGCACCAAGGAAACUACAGCGCUCCUUCACCUCCCCGCCCCCACCUCCAACACCUCCCUCCCCCUCCACCACCACCACCACCACCUCCACACCCCCCAACCCAACCCAUCGAGCCUCCUAAACACACUGCAGCGCUACCAACAACAGCUGGCAGAGCAGGAGAAGCUGUCCCACCAGCUGCACCGCCUGGCCCUGGACUCCAGCCUGCACCCGGCCACAACACGACCCCACGUCCUGCUCAACCAGCUGAGCACGGUGAGGGCCAUCCGGACGGCCAUCAGAGCAGAGGUAGCCCACAUGGAAUACCUUCUGUCCAAGGCCCAGCCAAACUCCUUCACCCACACCUGCCUGACUGAAGUGGUGGCCAAGAUGAUGGUCCUUCUGCAGCAGCAAUCAGAGUUGUGCCGAGACUUGGAGACGCUCACCCUCGUUACCCCAGACACCUCCAACACCCAGGACCCCACACACCCCCACCACCCCAACAACCACCACCACCACCACCUCCCAGCCAUUCUGACCCACCUCCAUACUCACCAAGCACUGCACCUAACCUUCCCCACAUUUUCACAAUCCACUUCACCAGUCACCAUUAAUUCAAAUGAUGCAAGGACUCCACCUGCCAUUCCUGUGUACUCCACAUCCUCCGCAUUCCAGUUAGUCCACCCAGCACCCACAACUCCACCUACUAUCCACCUAACAUCCCAAUCCACUCACCCUGUGCCUAUAACCUCACGUCCUAUCCACUUGUCAUCCACUACUGGUAAUGUCAUCCACCCAACACCCAUUACACCAAAUCCACCUCUUGCUGCAGUGGAUAACAUGGUCCCUCUAGCCCACAGCUCCCCUUCAGCCCCACAGCACCCCGCCGGCAGGUCACACACCCCUCCACACACCCCCGCCUCACCCCGUCCAUCCAGUCGCUCCUCUGUUGACACCAGUUGGAACCUCAGACGUAUUCCGAAUAAUGAGGAGGGAGAGGAGAGAGAGAGGGAGAGGGAGAGGGAGCAAGACACACCUCUCACACCACCUUACCAUCUGCCGGAGGUGGCUCAGCUGGUGGAGGUGGAGGUGCGGAGUAGGACCACAGGACUCCAGCAGCAGCUCCUUCAACAGACACAGGACGUGGCGGACAUCAAGGGAAUGCUACAUAUCCUACUUUCACGCCUCAAAUAACCCAAGGACACUGGCAAAGCGCGUGUGUGUGUGUUCGUAUGUGCGUGAGUGAGUGCGUCCUGUGAUGGUGUUAAUAAUGGUGUUGUCGAGUUAUUUAGUGUUCCGUAUGUCUGUUUUAUUUUUCUCUUUCUCUCUCUCUCUCCUUUAAUUGUGUAUCCUUUCAUUACUCCAGUGUCCUUUAGUAACUCCUACAUGUGUUGGAGAUGUCCUGUUCUUCCUUGUGUCCGAUACCUGUCAUUUUUUUAACAAGUAACAGAAUUUUAUGUCCCGCUGUUCAUUUAUGUAACUAAGGGUGUAACUAGAGAGCUUUUGUACCCUUGUCUUCUCUCUCUCUCUUGUUUUUCUAUUUAAGUUUUUUGGCAAUGAAAGAAAUAACAUGUCUCAUUUUUCCUCUAGUUUUUAGUUUCUGGCAGUGAAAGAGAUAACACUGACUCACAAUCCUUUAUGAGACAGGACUCCUCACUUCUAUGUGUUAUCAAGGAGGGGCAGACUGCUUGGUGGGCUCAAUAUAGCUGUAAGUCUUAUUCAUCGCCUCUGGUAUGGAUGCUUUGAUGAGGGAGAGAGGGAAAAAGACAGAGAGAGAGAGAGAGAGAGGUUAGCCUAUACUCUUCUAUUUAACUCUGUGGCUCAUGCAAGUGUUGUGGCUUUGUCUAGCUUGGUUAUGUUUGUUUUAAGGGUGGACAGGAAUUGUGGUGAAAAUAGACAAUAAGAGCGACAGGAUUUGCUGACAUGAGAGAAGGAAGUGUGUGUAUUGUUUGGGUGUUGAGGUAAUGGUGUGUGUCAAUAACAGUGCCACUCAGAAAAGAUGUAAUGGGUGUGCUGUUUUGCUGUGUGGUGUCCUGGUGUUUGUUUUGGUAAGGGACAGGUGGAUGGGACACUUUCUCUCUCACUGUUGUCUCGGCACUCACUCAUGCAUUCACUCACUCACUAUUAGUUCUCUUUUUACUGCUGCUCAUGUGUCAGAUUUGUCACUUCUCGUCUCUUCAAAAUUGAGGGAGUGAUGUCCAUUUCCUUUUAUCUUGUGUAUUUUAAUUUUAUCUAUUUAUUGUUCUGUUUUAGUCAUUUUCUUUAAUGUAACAAGAUUUUAUCAUUCAUCAUCUGGGUAUGGAAACACACACACACACUUAUACAACCUUCACCUCUUAAAUUGCCUUCCUGGUCACACACAUUAAUCCCGUGACAUACAUAGAGGUGCCGGCGACUACUAGUGACUUCCGCUGCUGCCGCUACUGUUCACAUGCCAGCAGUUAUGUCAGAGAGGUUCACUUGUGGUGCCGGCUGCUACUCAUGACAGACCACUCUAAGGCUUGGGUGCUUCUUCAUUAGGCUGUAUUGGAGGAGUCUGUGGUAGGGUGUGUGUUGAGGCCAUCACUGUCCUGCCAGCCUCACUUUACACUACUUUGCUUUGUGUAUUUUGUCACACUUUCUGACCUUAGUAUUGUGUCUUUGAAUCUUGAUGUGCUGGCUGGCUGGCUGGCUGGUCAUCUUACAUAUUUACAGCCUCCUUUCCUCUCAUGUGUUUGGUUUCUGUGCAUGUUCCACCACAGGACACCUCAUUUUAUCAUUGCAUUUCUUAGGAUGGUAUAUUUUCAUGUUGGCAGACUGUCCCUUGCACUGAUGUAGUCACCAGCUCACCACACACACCACACACACACCACACCGGCUUUCCUGGCUUCCGUUGUGCCUUACACUGAUGGAUUCUUUACUCAUAUUUAGUGACAAUGUUGUUUUUGUGGCAGUGUGUGGAUGUGCUGUGUUGUUUACCACUUUAGUGAACCUCGGGACACACAGAGUGACUGGUGAAGGCUGUGGUGAUGCAGAGAACAGGGAAGGGAGGCCUGAGUGAUGAUGAUGGUGAUGGUGGUGGUGAUGGUGAUAGUGGUGUCAGAACUACAUGUAAAGGUCUAUGGAUGACAGCAGGUUUUUGAGCUGUCCAUAGUUUGAAAAUGUAACUAAAGUGAUAUGAUAUUAAACAUGACCAUUACUACAUACCCACUGUGUCCUGAUCCCCAUGAGUAAGGCGCCUCACCCCCAGCCUCCCCAGAGUCCCCAGUGAGGGUGUGGUGGUGCAGCCUGCUUGGUGCUGAGUGCUGAGUGUUGGGGUCCUGCCAGGGGAGGGAUGUCCUGGUGUCUGUGUCUCCCCUCCUGCACCUCACAACACACUUCUCUUGGUGUUGUGGGGAAGUGUUGCUGCUUCUGUUUUCAUCUUGUUUUGUUUGUUGUAUAUGGUGUGUGUGUGUGUGUGUGUGUGUUUUAGUUGUAACAUACAGGACCAGAACUGAAUUUGAACAGUCAUGUCUUUGUAUAUAUCAUAGUUGUCUUCUUCUAUUGUAGUGAGUGUGUGUGUGUGUGCACGUGUGUGUUGCCAUGGUGUGCCUCUGAGCCAUGGACUGGGUCUAGUUCCCCGGCUGGUGUCCCUUGGUGUGAUGUUGAGUGGUGAGGUGAUGCCCUGCAGUGGUGCCGCCACCUCCCCCAUCCCCUCCAGGCCCUGCCCUGCCCCGUGCUGUGAGGCCUGCAGUGCUGUGUUCCUUACUCACCCUAGCUCAAACAUUUCCAGAAUUAGGGAAAUAUUGCCAAUCUAUUUAUGUAACCUGUGUACAUAUAUAUUUGUUAUGUAGGAAUAUGCUCAGUAAUAUUAGUGUACUUUUGUUAUUUGUUAAAUAGAGUAGCAGGAGUGAUGGUGUCAUGAUAUAUAGUGUGUAUGAUAUUCUAGUGUUGUGUGUGCCUAGUGUAGUGGAGGCUGGCUCAGUGGUUUGGUUUGCUGGUGUGUACUGCAGUAAGGACAGGCUUGCUGCACCGGUCUUCUGAACACACAACACAGCCUGUGAGUGUAUUAGUGGAGUGCUUCAUAUGGCAAGUGUUUUGUUUGUCAGCCUGGUGUGUGGACAGAAUGAAUGUGUCGUAGGAGACGUGUUAUUGAAAAAGAACAAUAAUAUAAUGUGUGAUACAGCAUACAGUUAUCAUGUCAACACUGUGGUGGACGUCUCCCUCCUGAGCCAGCAGCAGCGAAUCCCUCAACCCACAGACACCCAUACACCUCACCGCCACUCCCCCAACCACCUCCACCACCACUACCACCAGGGACACGCUGCCUCAAUAUGCUGCCAUCAGUGCCCUAAGUCUACCUAACAACUUAUUCAUACUGUUUUGUGACCUUUUUCCCAGCUACUCCUUCACACACACACACACACACACACACAGUCAUUGCACUUACAUACUUUCUGUUAGACAUUGAUGCAGUAUUGUCCAUAAGAGAGUUUUAGUGUUAGUAUGAAUUCUUAUUGCUGUGCCAUAGUGAGUGAGCAGGUGUGUGUGUGUGUGUGUGUGUGUGUGUGUGUGUGUGUUGAUCAGCCUACAUGACUUCCUUAGCAGGUGUGUAGGUUCUAGUACAUUGGUUGGUGUCAGCCCAGUAUCUGCUGUUCCGCUCCUUGUAGUGUGUGUUAAUACUUAGCUGCGUCACUUGAGUAGGCAGUAUGUAUGUGUGUCUGUAUGUGUGUACAGAUGUAGCAGCAUUUCCUUAUAUUUACGAUGCUAAGACUGUGUUAUUUACAAGGCAAGGCGGCAGUCCAGUGUUAUAAUAGAGAUGUUGUAAGGCUUAAUUUUUUUUCUAGCAGAUGACAGUUUCUCCUGCAACAUGAGCAAGAGUCUCAUGUUGCAGAGAGCGUUGUGUCAUGUCUGCGUGGAAAGAGAGGUUUGCUCAGAACAAAUCAGGGAGUGCCUCACCUUGCCUCACCUUGCCCUAUAAGUGAACAAAAAUGUAUAUGUGAUAACCUUGUUUUGUUGAGUAAGAGCCAUCUCAGCAGUGUCUCUGAGAUGGGAUGUUAUGUAUCUUAGAUUGUGUCGCGGGGAGCCUCGGAUGUCACACUUGGGGCCGACGCCAGAACAAGUCAAGUCAUCAUCACCAAACACGUCACUUUUAGGUAAAGCUUAUGACUCCAGUGACUUGCCCUUCAUCUGAACCAGUGCCACAUUUGGUGCCUUGUGUAGUAAUGACAGGAACGGUGACAGCGGUGGUGAACAGUCGUAAACAAGGCGACAGUCCUGAGGCACGACACCGAGGUUCAGCCAUGGCCAGCUUAGUGUGCCCCGGCAGUGUCCAAGUGGUGCUCCGAGUAGGUGACCUGACGCGCGGGGUCGGCCGGGGCACACCUUUGUUGUGACGGGGCAGGAUGGUGAGGCAAUGGGACAGAUGUUAUGCACUCUGUAUCUCCCACACUCAAUCUUUUCACCUUCAAGUAUUUAUGCAGAAAGAAGAAUGAAUUAAUGAUUUCCAUCCACAUUAUAUUCACUGAGACAAUGGAAACUUUUAUUGUAUUAAAAAAAAAACAUUUCUCAGCAAGAAUUUCCCAUUUCCAUCUUACCCAUAAAGAAAGUACAUGUACACAUUGCAGACUUGUAAUGGAAGAAACUAAAUCAAUAUCAACAAAUUUUCACUUCAAGGAUUUUUUGUAUGCUGAAAACCUUAAACAUUUUUUGAGUAUUGCCUUCCUGCCUGCCAUGCCGUGCCCCAGGUGUGCCCCACGCCCCAGUGACCCUGCCAGCCUGCCAAUCCUGGGGGAAUGGCAACACUGCUCACACUUGUUGUUGAUGCGCCUUCAAAGUGAUAUAUCAUGUUA